AUGCCCCCAGGGAACCGCACAGUGGUGACAGAGUUUGUAUUCCUGGCCUUUCCCACCCGUCCGGAUCUUCAGACCCUGCUCUUCAUGGGAGUCAUCCUGGUCUUCACAGCCACUGUGACAGGGAACCUGAUCAUCCUGGUGGCGAUCCGGGGGGAUGCCCGUCUGCACACCCCCAUGUACUUCUUCCUGGAGGCCCUGUCCAUCAUCGAGCUUGGCUACACUGCAGCCAUCUUCCCGCAGAUGCUGGUGAAUGCCCUGCAGGAGAGGAAGAGAAUCAGCUUUGGGGGCUGUGGGGCCCAGAUGUUCUUCUUCCUUGGUCUGGGAAGCUCAGAUUGCUUCCUGCUGGUGGCCAUGGCCUAUGACCGGUACGUGGCCAUCUGCCACCCACUGCACUACACACUCAUUAUGACGCGGCGGCUCUGCCUGUGGCUGGUGGCCGCUUCGCUGGCCCUUGGAGGACUGCUUUCUCUGCAGAUCACAGUGCUGAUCUUCCGCCUCCCCUUUUAUGGCUCCAGUGGGGUCAACCAUUUCCUCUGUGACGUCAACCAGGUGCUGAAGCUGGCCAGGACCGACACCCACUCCGAGGAGAUCGCCCAGUUCAUUGCCAGUGUCCUGAUAGUCAUUCUCCCCUUCCUCCUGAUCUGUGUCUCCUACGUCUACAUUAUCACCACCAUCCUGCGCAUCCGCUCGGCUGAGGGCCGGCGCCAUGCCUUCCACACCUGCUCCUCCCACCUCAUGGUGGUGCUGCUGCAGUACGGCUGUCUCAGCUUGGUCUACUUGCACCCGAAGGGCAGCUGGUCGGAUGAACUGGACCGGUUGAUCUCACUGGGAUACACAUUUGGAAGCCCCAUCUUCAACCCUUUGAUAUACAGCCUGAGAAACAAGGAGCUCAAGGAGGCCAUUGCAAAAGUCUUCAGGAGACGAACAGGGUAA